CCUUACAUAAAAACCACACACAUGAGUUUUGUGGGAGAAAGGAAGUUAUUUAACUAGAGAUGGCUUGCUUUGGUUUAGAUGGCCUUAGAAAAACAAGACUCAAGAAUGGUUUUUUCGAACGUUCAUCCCCAGCUUUACAACAAGUUUUGCUUCAGCUUUUCCGAGCUCAAAAACCUAUGGAGAUCGAUCAUCGUUUAUAUGAAUUUGGGUCCGUGGAAUACUAUGUUCAGUCCUCUGCUUCAGAUCCACAAAACAUCUAUCUGUCGAUUUCGACCCCAAUACUCUCUCCCAGGACACUCGUAUCACAAGGACUGUGUCCUUACACGAUACAAAAGGUGAAAGAUAUAAGUCCUGAUGUGGUGGACAUACUUCACCCUGCAAGAGAUGGAUACCAACUGACCUUACAGCUGAAAUUUGUUCAUAUACCACAAGGCAAAGAUGGAGCGAAGAUAAUCAAGGAGAUUGCUGCAGUAGCAUCUGUAAUAUUGAGUUCACAACUGAAAGAAAUGCUCCGCAAUUUCAGUUCAGAGGAUGCUUCUGAAGGGACUUAUAAACCGAUUAAGUGUAUAUAUCACCCAAGAGAACCUCUCUUUGUAAUCAGACAGCCAAAGAAGGUUACUGUUGUAUUCCCUAUGAGAUUCAAGGAAACUUCAGAUGUGGUUAUUGCCACAUCCUUUUUCCAGGAGCUCAUGGACAUUGGAAGCUCUGAAGCAUUUGCUAAAGCACCUCCAUGCACAUGGUCACCUAUUCCUCCUCCAGAGUUGAGGGGAGAACUCAUGGAGGACUUGAGUACGAAUGGAGGAUUUGUCUCUUUUGACAUCUUUUCACGCCACGUUGAUGAUAAAAGACUAGAUAAUACUGUGUGGAAUCUACUGAACUUCUACACCUAUGUUAAAUCUCAUAUAAAGGUACAACUUCUAGUAGCUUCAACUGAUUUAGAGUUUAGACAAUGGCAAGUCCACAUCCUGAUUUUAAUGCAAGAAUCGCUACAGAGCACCAAGGGGUUUAUUCAAAGAAAGAUGAGAAGGAGGUUGGACGAUUUGGUCAAGAUCUUGCAUCAGCCAGACCUAGAUGAAGAUGAUAACGAACAGCAGGUUCGAGGAUGCGGCUGGAAAAUGAAGCCUGUCAGUUCUUCAAGAUUCAGAAAACUCAGAAAACAAUAUGGUGAUUUCAAGAAGAAGAUCAAGAGAACAAGAUACCGUAUUAGAAUUCAUGGAUUCAGUGAACUGAACAACAAGAUCAAGAGAAUCCAUCAUCGUAUUAAGAUCCAUGACUUUGGACUUCACCGCCAAUGGUUUUCUACCCCUAAACUAAAGUCUGCAAACAAAUAUACAAGAUUAGGGUAGUUCAGUUCUUGAUGAUUUGAAAAGGCACUUUCUCGUCAUCAGGUUGACCAAUUACCAUCAGCUGCAAACAAAAAAAUUAAACAGCUUCAUGUACUUUUCAAAAGUAAUUCUUAACUGUAGCCACAUAUGCUUAUGUAAGCUUAGAUGCGUAAUGUAACAUAGUUAAACUAAACACAAGAACAGAGAAACUCGAUGCUCUAUUACUUUUGUAUGGUUAUCUUGGUGCUUAUUACACAUAAUCAAUUAAUCAUAGAAGCAUUAUCAGUUUGUUUUCCU